CCUGUCUCUUCCUGUGAAGCUGCAUAGCACAUAGCACACUAGCUACUCAGGGUCUGCGCAGCACCUGAAACAGUCUCAGCCCUGAGUGCUCUGUGUGUGUCAUAACUGCCUGUUACAGUGACAGCCCCAGUGGCACUGCCAAUGCAAGCCUCGGUAGUGAACAGGUUAGGAUUUGGGAAGGGGUGGGGAUAUGUGGCGGGGAGUGAGGCUUCCUUCCCUGCCUCUGCCAAGCCUGUGGAGUGAUUCCUGUCCCAUGGUGGCUUAGAGUAUUGUAAGCAUCAGUGCAGUGCGUGGGGUUUCAGGCUGAGAGGAUAGGCACGUGACUUCCAGAAAGCUUCUCAAGUGUAAAGUGAAAGUAGUUUGAAGAGGAAGGGCAGCCGUUUCCCCUUCUGUGCAGCAGAAAAACACAGCUCAAAAGAGGACAAUGGCUCCUCAGACCAACCCCAUCCUGCUGGUCUCCUGGCUCCAGGCGCUCUGCUCUGUCAUCUUGGCUGGGGUUCAUCAUUACUCCCGCUCCCAGCUCAUCCUGUCUCAGGAGGUGCCAGGAUUGCCAAGGACACAGAACAUGCAGAUAAUGAACUAUUUGGUGUUCACAUACUAUGACAGCACCACCAAAAGGCUGACAACCCGGAAUGGCUUCAACCCUGAGACCCAAGAGGCCCAGGAGCGGUGGAGGGGAGGGAACACCGAGUGCCAGGUGUGGGAGCUCUGGAUCGAGACCGAGUUUAAGGCCCUGGUGCAGGCAGUGAAUGCCAGCUCCCAAAGGACAGAGCUCUACUACAUGCAGGUUUUGCACACCUGUGAUUUGGAUGAAGCCACAGGGGCCACCACAAUUGUCACCAGGCUUGCCCUUAAUGGCGAAGAUAUUCUACAUUACCAGAGAGACCAGAAGCAAUGGUACCACACACACCCAGCUGCCCAGAGACUGGCUGAGAAGUGGAACCAAGGCAGGCAGAAGCUGGAGGGCAUGAACACACCAAGCCCUCAGAUAUGCAGAUUCCUCAUCCAGAUGACUGCACCAUUUUCUGCACAGAAGACAGCCAAACCAAAUGUGCAUUUGAGCCUGAACCCAGCAUCACAGGGGCAGCUGCAGUCCCUUGCCUGCCAUGUAACAGGGUUCUACCCCCGCGACAUCGAGGUGACCUGGGAGCGGCAGGGCCAGACGGCUGAGGGGGAGCAGCAGACCAGUGGGCUGCGACCCAAUAAAGACCACACCUUCCAGAUCCGGGUGAAGAUCGAGUUGGGGGAGAGCCCUGCAGAGCACGUGUGUGUGGUGCGGCACAGCAGCCUGGGGGAGACCCCACUGAGGGCAGCCUGGGCUCCUUCAGGUGAGAAGGUUGCAGGAAAUACCUACAUCAUAUUGGCUGCUGCAGUCGGCAUCCUCCUUGUCUUUGGAGCGGGAGCCCUGUGGUUUUAUCGGAGGAGGAAAGAGUACAAGGACAGGCAGUAUCGCCCACCCUGCAAUCAGCCAGCAUCAGCAGACUCCUCCAGUGCAGGACAAUCCUCAGCCAGCCUCUCUAUCUCAGAAGCCAAGCAGUGACCCUCUUUCAAACCUAUCACCUCGUGGGGCAACACCUGUCUGCCAGCCUCAACACUGGACAUUUGAAGGAUUUGGGGGUGUCAGGUAGAGGUAGGAGUUGAAGGGACCCUUUCAAAUGCCUUUUCCAGCUCCUGAAUUGGGCAGGAGUAGAUGAAUUGUCAAAACUCAGGAAAGGUGCCUGAUGGUGAGUUUAAUCUGUUACUUUUCUUACUGUUACUGAUUUUCUAUCCCUGCCAUCACUUUUGGAAUAUGAGCUAAUCAUGAGUAGAUAUUUAUACAUCCUCUUGUUUGCCAACUUUUUGGAUCUUUGGCUAUUUGCCUAUUUAAAAACCUUUCCCUGUGCUUUUGCUUCAUUCUGACUGUUAAUUGAAUUCACCGUAUGUAGCAAAAUCAGGCUAAGCUCCAUUUUGGAAAUCUGCCAGUAGCCAAGCUGUCCAGAGUCCUGGACCAGUUCCAGUGUUGUGCCAGGGGUUAUCCUGAGUAUUCAUAAUACACUCAUGCUGGUUGUUUUUCAAGGGCUCAGUCACUUCUGAGAUUUUGGGCCACCAUGUUACAGGCACCAGACAGGUCUGACCUUCAAUCUUGCAAAUAUGUUUCCUCUUGCAACUGAAAUGGUCAUGUUAGGCAGGAAGCAUCAGGUAUAUUCAUGGUGCUCUCCCUUGUGCCUUGGUGAGCCAAAAGAUGCCAUCCAUGGAGGCUGCUCAGCUAGUGGGUAGACAGUUCCUUCCUGGUACCCAAGGGCCUUUGUACACACCAUGUUUUUUGUCCUUUUGUGCACUGCAACUGCAUGUCUGUUUGCAUGAGCGGGAUUUCUGGAUGCUUUAAAAGUCUUUCUUGUGUGUGAUGGGCUGGCUGGUAGUGACUUAGCCCAAUGGUUUUGGAAGCGCAAAAGAUGAUUGGAGGACUUGGGAUUCCAAGGAAGGAGCUUUAAGGAUCUGGCAAGAGCUGAGCCAGCGGGGCGGGAGCAGUUGCCCCAGAAGAGCCUGAAGGAGUGGGACCUGUAGGCAGCACUGGGGUCCUCAGCAGCAUGGCAUGCGGCUGGCAGGAGAGGCUUCCAGCUG